CUGUGUGUGCUGCCGGUGAUGAUGGCGGCUGGAGCCCGAUUCCUGUCUUUGGGAUCCAGCUAGUAUUGGACACAUUGAACCCCUCUGGCAGGAUGGACGGGAAUGGGUUUCCGGACCAGGAGCAGCUGCUGCAGUUUUUAAAGAAACUCAAAGAGGUCUUUGACGUGUGUGACGAGGACGACGAUGGUUACAUUCGUGUUGAGCAUUUCAUUGAUCUCGGAUUGCAGUUCGGGCAAGGAGACGAGGUGCAGAAGCUGACCAAAUAUCUGGACCCCAAUGAGCUGGGCAGGAUAAACUUUAAGGAUUUCUGCCAUGGCGUGUUUGCUAUAAAAGGUUGUGAAGAAAUAUUGAAAAAUGCAUUGGGGGCUAGGAGUGCCCUGUGUCGUCAGUAUGAGGCAGAGUAUGAGGAGUAUUACUACCAGCGAGGGGAGGAGGUGCUGGGACGCCCCUACGUGGUCUGUGAUCAAGCGUACGGAGAGUGCGAGAUCUUCCCCACUGAUGAGGACGGCAUGACGCUGCCCCAGAGAGACAGCCACCGUGAGUCGGACAUGGACAGCGCCAUCGGGAGCACGCACAGCUCUGAGGCUUCCGACCUGUGCAGGGGAGAGGACAAGGAGGAGGGGCUGGGGGGGCUCUUCCUUCCCACAGACAAGUCUAUCCCACACAACCUCUCGGCUGCGUCGGACCUGUCCACGCACUCCACCGCCUCGCUCAUCAGCAACGAGGAGCAGUUCGAGGACUACGGGGAGGGGGAGGAUGUGGACUACACUCCCAGCAGCCCCUGCCCUGACGACGAAACCAGGACCAACGGCUUCUCUGACCUUGGCUCCUCCGUCUCCUCCAGUGCUGGCCAAACCCCCAGGAAGAUGAGGCACAUCUACAACAAUGACCUGCUGGAUGUGUACUGCUCCCAGUGCUGCAAGAAAAUCAAUCUUCUCAAUGACCUGGAGGCCAGGCUGAAGAACCUGAAAGCCAACAGUCCCAACAGGAAAAUAACAAGCACCGCCUUUGGACGGCAACUGUUUCACAACAGCAACUUCAGCAGCAGCAAUGGCAGCACAGAGGAUCUGUUCAGAGACAGCAUUGAUUCCUGUGACAACGACAUCACCGAGAAGGUGAGCUCUCUGGAGAAGAAGGUGACGGAGCUGGAGAAUGACAGCUCGCUGAACGGGGACUUGAAGGGCAAGCUGAAGCAGGAGAACACACAACUGGUGCACAGAGUUCAUGAGCUGGAGGAGCAGAUAAAGGACCAGGAGGCACGAGCAGAGCAGGUGCUGGAGGAGGAGAUCAAGAGGCACAGAGAGGCCUACGUGAAGAUGGAGAGGGAGAAGAGCACAGAGAUAGAGCUGCUCAACAACAGGGUACAGCAACUGGAAGAUGAAAACGGGGAAAUGGGCAGCAGCGUAAACAGAUUAAAAUCACAAACAGAGAAACUGGAUGAGGAAAGGCAGCGGAUGACAUACAAGCUGGAGGACACCAGCCUGCGGCUGAAGGAUGAGAUGGAUUUGUACAAGAAGAUGAUGGACAAGCUGAGACAGAACCGGCAUGAGUUCCAGAAGGAGAGAGAGGCAACGCAGGAGGUGAGAGAGAGAGAGAGAGAGAGAGAGAGAGCGAGAGAGAGAGAGAGAGAGCAUUAUGGGUCACACCUCUAAACUAGCAAUAUUACC